CGGAGAACUGGACCGAUACCCGUGAGACGCUGCUGGAGGGGAUGCUCUUCAGCCUCAAGUACAUGGGCAUGACGCUGGUGGAGCAGCCCAAGGGCGAGGAGCUCUCUGCGGCUGCCAUCAAAAGGAUCGUGGCUACGGCGAAAGCGAGUGGAAAGAAACUGCAGAAAGUGACUCUGAAAGUCUCGCCCAGAGGGAUCGUGUUAAACGACAGCGGAACGAAUGAGCUGAUCGAGAACGUCUCCAUAUACAGGAUAUCCUACUGCACGGCAGACAAGAUCCACGAUAAAGUGUUUGCCUACAUUGCCCAGAACCAGCUCAAUGAGAACCUGGAGUGCCAUGCCUUCCUCUGUACCAAACGGAAAAUGGCGCAGGCGGUCACCCUCACCGUAGCCCAGGCUUUCAAAAUCGCCUUUGAAUUCUGGCAAGCGGCUAAGGAAGAGAAGGAGAAACGGGAAAGGUCCAUGCUGGAAGGAGAAGGGACGAGCAGCCCCAGCUCGGAUGCCCCUGCCCGUCCUGGCGCAUCAGCAGCCACGGGGAACUUGCUGGAUUUUGAGGAUCCUGCCAAAUCGCCCCUGAGCAGCAGCAGGAACUCCCCACACUUGGAUAACAGCGUGUUUGGCCCCAGCUCCUCCGUCAAUAACAACGUGGUGUGGGAAAUGGAUGAUGGGCUCGACGAGGCGUUUUCAAGGCUGGCGCAGUCGAGAACAAACCCGCAGGUCCUGGACACGGGACUGACGGCUCAGGACAUCCAGAGCGCGGAGACGUUCUCGCCUGCAGACUGGAACCAAACGGAUUCCAACGCAGGCGAGAAGGACGAUCUGUUCAUGUUUUGA